GUUGUAUUCGGGCAGUGCUCGAUUGGAAGUCGUUGAGAGCUGAGCACGAAAUGUUGUUUCUCAUAUAUUUGCUGAGCGCUAUAUCAGCGUUGUUGGUGUACAUUGUGCACCACCAAAUGACCUAUUGGAAACGCCGAGGAAUACCGCAGAGCCCACCAUAUCCGAUCUAUGGCAAUGCUCUCGGAUUCCGAAAGACUCACACACUGAGUGAUAUCAUGAUAGGAUACUACAACAAAUUCCGAAAGACCGGCCAUCCCUUUGUGGGCUUCGCCUUUAUUCAAAAGCAAUGCGCAUUCAUCAUGGACAUCAAGCUGGCCAAGAAUAUUCUCAUUAAGGACUUCACGAACUUCGCCGAUCGUGGACAGUUCCACAAUGAACGCGAUGAUCCCCUCACUGGACAUCUCUUCAACUUGGAUGGCAAGCGCUGGAAGGAGAUGCGUCAGAAGCUAUCACCCACUUUCACAUCUGGCAAGAUGAAGUUCAUGUUCCCAACCGUCAUCAAAGUCUCCGAGGAAUUCCUUAGGGUUAUGAUGGAGGAAGUCCCAGAUAAGACUGGAGGAGCCAUCAUUGAAAUCAAGGAUCUGAUGGCGCGCUUUACUACUGAUGUUAUAGGCACAUGUUCUUUCGGCAUAGAGUGCAAUACUCUUCGUAAUCCUAAGACGGAUUUCCGUAUAAUGGCAAAUAAAUCUCUAACUGAGAUGCGCCAUGGCCGUGUCUUGAGCGCUUUUCAGUUCAGCUUUCCGAAUCUGGCAAGAAAACUGGGCAUGCGCUUGAUUCCCGAAGAUGUUCACCAGUUCUUCAUGAACUUAGUCAAGGAAACAAUCGCACUUAGAGAGAAGGAAAAUAUCAAACGAAAUGACUUUAUGCAGAUGUUAAUUGAAUUGAAGCAGAAGGGAAGCUUUACGAUGGAUAAUGGUGAAGUAGUCACAGGAUUGGAUGUUGGAGAGCUGGCAGCUCAGGUCUUUGUCUUCUACUUGGCUGGCUUUGAGACCUCUUCAUCCACCAUGAGCUAUGCUCUAUAUGAACUGGCGCAACAUACCGAUAUUCAGGAUAAACUAAGGGAAGAUAUUGAGAGUGUUCUGCAGCAACACGAUGGAAAACUGACCUAUGAAAGUAUAAAAGCUAUGCAAUACGCGGAUCAGGUGAUUUCUGAAACCCUCCGGCUAUACACUAUAGGCCCUUUCCUCGAAAGGAAAGCUCUUAAUGACUAUGUUGUCCCUGGUCAUCCCAAAUAUGUCAUAGAGAAGGGAACUCAGGUUGUGUUGCCCGCCGCUGCCUAUCACCGGGAUGAAGACCUCUAUCCAGAGCCGGAGAAAUUCGAUCCGGAACGUUUCUCGCCGGAACAGGUGGCAGCUCGCGACUCUGUAGAGUGGCUGCCCUUCGGCGAUGGACCCAGAAAUUGUGUGGGAAUGCGCUUUGGCCAAAUGCAAACACGCAUUGGGCUGGUCCAGCUCAUAAGGAACUUCAAGUUUACAGUGUGCGAUAAAACUGAUAUACCUCUUGUAUAUGAUCCCAAGUCGCUGGUACUUGGCACUGUUGGAGGCAUUUAUUUGCGUGCUGAGCGUGUUUGAAUUUCGAAUACAAUUGUAAUCAACAUUGCUGUUAACUUGUUUGUUAAAAUAUAAUCUGAAGA